AUGUCAAGUCUCAAGCGCAAGGCAGGUCCAACAGCCGCAGCGAAUGAUCCUAAGAAGCCUAAGAAAGACGCGAGCCUGACUUCAUUCUUCGGUCAACCGAAGAUUGUCCAUUCCACAACAGGCAGUAACUCGUCUGCGCACGCCGAAGCUCAAGGAGCAGCACCAAACUUCGACAAAGCGAAAUGGGCUGAAACUCUAAGUGCGGAGCAGAAGGACCUUCUGAAGCUUGAGAUCGAUACUCUCGACCCUACUUGGCUGGCGCACCUGAAGGACGAGAUCACUACACCAGGCUUCCUUAAGCUCAAGAAGUUCUUGAAGAGCGAAAUUGAUUCAGGGAAGACCGUGUUCCCACCUCUGGAGGAAGUGUAUAGCUGGUCUCGCCAUACACCACUGAACACUGUUAAAGUCGUAAUACUAGGACAAGAUCCUUACCACAACCACAAUCAAGCCCAUGGCCUCUGCUUCUCCGUUCGACCACCAACACCGGCGCCUCCUUCUCUCAAGAACAUGUUCAAAGAGCUGAAAGAUGAAUAUCCAUCCUUUACGCCUCCACCCAAGAACGGCGGGUUGCUUACACCCUGGGCCGAACAGGGUGUCCUCAUGUUGAAUACCUGUCUUACUGUUCGAGCACACGAUGCCAACUCACAUUCCAAUCAAGGCUGGGAGCCAUUCACACAGAAGGUCAUCGACCUGGUCGCCAAAUUACGCACUCGAGGCGUCGUAUUCAUGGCAUGGGGUUCGCCUGCCCAGAAGCGCUGCACUAAGAUCACGGGUGGGAAACAUCUUGUGCUGAAAGCUGUACACCCUAGCCCGCUGAGUGCUGCAAGAGGGUGGUUCGGCUGCGGGCACUUCAAGCAAGCUAAUGAUUGGCUCGAGACACGUUAUGGCAAAGAUGGCAUUAUCAACUGGGAUUUGAAUGUGCAGAAGCCGAUCAAGGCACCCGAAGUGACUGGUGAGCCCGUAAAGGUCGCCGAGAGCCAGCAGAAGUCGAAUACAGUCAAAGAAAGCGGACCUGCUACUGAGUUGCCAGAGGUCAAAGCAGGAAAGCCUGCAUCUCAGAAGGAGGAUUUUGAUGACGAGGAAGACGAAGACGCUAUCGAAGCUUUGAAUGAGCUAGCGAACAGCGAUGCUGCUGAACCUUCCCGUGAGGAUGUGCCAGGCAAGAGCAACGAGACUGCGAACGAACCAGACAGUGGGAAGGUGAAAGACGAUGUCGAUAUAGCAGAACAGGAUCAGGAAGACAAAGAGAACAGGCAAGUAUCAGCUCAGUGA